UUUUCUAUUGAGGGUUAUAAUAAAAUAAUUUUUUUCCUCACAGCAAAAUUGCUUACAGCGACACACUCGCGCCAAACCAAACUCUGCGCGGCCAUCUUUCUACGGGCUUCAACAUCAGUCGGGAUGGCGUGGAGUGGCAGACGCGCGAUGCUGCUCACCACCACGCUGCUGCUGGCUGCUGCCCUGAGUGAGUCAUGCGACCCCGGUGACCUGGUGCAGGGAUGUCGCGUGGAGGGCCCCAACUACUGCGUCUGUGGCCUCGGCUGCCGCACCUCCUUCAGCUACGCUACCAGAGAACAGUGCCUCACUGCCAGCAGGGGGGAGCGAGGAGACCCUUGCUCCAGUCAGCCGUGCAGACAUCACUCCUACUGCACGCAGAUCAUAGCAGACCCAGGCUACCAGUGCUUCUGUGACGGCACAGGCUAUUAUGGCCGCCACUGUGAACUUAGUGAGUAA